CUUUUUCACUAGAUUCCUCUUAUUUUCACCUUUUGCAAUAAAGAGAAAAAGUUAAAUAUUCCCACCCAACUGCAAAAUCCACGAAGUUGCCGUUGUUCAACUCAUUAAUGAUCAUUUCCUACAACUACAACCUCACACUCUUCCACUCUCCAAGCAUAUGCAUAUCCAUUCCCUUCUCUGAAACACUCACCUUCUAUUUUAUCUUCCCUCACCAACAUUGUUUCUAGUUCAUAGGUUGAUCUAAACACAGACACAUUGUGCCAAGUGGAGGGAGUAACAGAGUAGAAAACAGAGCAAAACUGUCCAUGGUAUAGGGAAUUAGGGAUCCAACCUCUGUUUCAACAAAAUGUCUAUUGCUCUUCUCACUGCAAUGUUAGUAUUCUCCAUGGUUUUCAACACAUCAAGUGCAGCAGCAUUCUCAUCACAACCAGGAAUCUGCUACGGCCAACUAGGCAGCAACCUUCCACCACCGCGAAAAUCAGCUGAGCUCAUCAAAUCCCUCAAAGCCAAACGCGUCAAAAUCUACGACGCAAACCCAGAAAUCCUAAACUCUCUCAAGAACACCAACCUCCAAGUUUCAAUCAUGGUGCCCAACGAAAUCAUCUCCAACAUCUCCACCAACCAAACCUUCUCCGACCAAUGGGUCCACACCAACGUCGUACCCUUCCUCCCACACACCCUCAUCCGCUACCUCCUCGUCGGCAACGAAGUCAUCAGCUCCACCACCAACGAAACCUGGCCCCACCUCGUCCCCGCGAUGCGCCGUAUCAAACGCUCCCUCACCGCCUUCGGGAUCCACAAGGUCAAAGUCGGAACUCCCUCCGCCAUGGACGUUCUGGGAUCCUCGUUCCCACCCUCAAACGGUGCGUUUCGUGAGGAUAUAUCGGGUCGGGUCAUGAAACCCAUGCUACAAUUCUUGAACCACACCAAGUCGUUCUUCUUCCUCGACGUGUACCCGUUUUUUGCUUGGGCCUCCGACCCGGUCAACAUUGACCUUGAUUACGCGCUGUUUCGGGCUAAGAAGAAGAACAUCACGGUUUCGGAUCCGGGUUCGGGUUUGGUUUACACUAACCUAUUUGACCAGAUGGUGGACGCGGUGUAUUUCGCCAUGGAGAAACUCGGGUUUCCGGGUAUUCGGAUCUUCGUCGCGGAAACGGGUUGGCCCAAUGGAGGUGAUAUUGACCAGAUUGGGGCCAAUCCUUUCAACGCGGCAACUUACAAUCGGAAUUUUGUGAAGAAAGUUAUGAGAAAACCGGCGGUUGGGACUCCGGCUCGACCGGGUUCGAUUCUUCCAUCGUUCUUAUUCGCCUUGUUUAAUGAGAACAAUAAACCGGGUCCGGGGACGGAGAGACAUUUCGGGUUGCUGUACCCGAACAGGUCAAGAGUGUAUGACAUUGAUUUAUCCGGUGAGACGCCGGAGUCGGAGUUCCAAGCUUUGCCUCCGCCGGAGAACAAUGUGCCUUACAAGGGGAAGAUUUGGUGCGUGGCGGAGCGCGGUGGUAAUGUGACAGCCCUAGCGGCGGCUCUUUCGUACGCAUGCUCCCAAGGGAACCACACGUGCGAUAAGAUCCGACCCGGAAAAGCAUGUUCUAGACCCGAUUCGCUUUUUUGGCACGCGAGCUAUGCGUUUAGCUCUUAUUGGUCACAGUUUAAGAAAUUGGGGGGAACUUGCUACUUCAACGGACUUGCCACGCAAACUGCAAAGGACCCCAGUUAUGGAUCUUGUAAGUUUCCGAGUGUGACACUAUGAGGAGGAAUCAAAUCAAGCAAAUGGGGUUCUCAUCAUCAUCAUCAUCAUCAUCAUCAUCAUCAUCAUCAUCAUCAUCAUCAUCAUCAUCAUCAUCAUCAUCAUCAUCAUCAUCAUCAUCAU